AUGCGUCGAGUAUUCGGAUCUUCGAAGCCCAAAGCUCCUCCACCAAACCUCAGCGAUGCUAUUGCUAACGUAGAUGCUCGUGCAGAUACUAUAGAGAAGAAGAUAGCCAAACUCGAUGCAGAUUUGGUCAAAAUGAAGGAUCAGAUGAAAGGAAUGCGCGAAGGACCGUCGAAGAAUUUGGUUAAACAACGAGCUUUAAGGUAAGUUAUUUAUGUUUCUUCUUAUUCUGUGUUUAGAUUGCUGAAGCAGAAGAGACAGUACGAGAACCAGAGUGCCCAACUAGGAACUCAGAGCUUUAACAUGGAGCAAUCUAACUUUGCCAUUCAAUCGAUGAAAGAUAAUCAGGUUGGUUUUGGAGAUUUUAAAUUUUUCUUUUGAAGAAUUACGGAGAUGCGUUACCUUCAUCUUUACGAGAAUUUACUAGUCUAUUUUUACUAUUUUAGCGACUUUUAAGUUAUUAAUUCUAAUAUUCUCAGCAAUGUAUUAAAAUGUUGGUUUUAAUGAUAAUAUCAAUUUAGGUAACGUUCAACGCUAUGAAAGACGGUCUUAAAGUGAUGCAAAAAGAAUACAAGAAGAUGAAUAUUGAUGCUAUUGAUAACCUAAACGAUGAAAUGGAGGAUAUGCUGGAAAUGAACAAUGAGGUCCAAGAUGCUCUUUCAAGGCAGUAUGAUUGUGCUGAUGUAAGUACAGUUUUUACUAUAUUUACAUAAAAGGAGGUUUUUGAGCCUUGAGAUUUUGUGGUAUGACGGUUGACAUAUAACGAUUUUGUAAAUAAUGUAGAUUACAAUACUCUUUACCUUUGAAUUAAUAUAUUAAAUUUCAGAUCGACGAAACAGAGCUGGAAGCAGAGUUAGAAGCUUUGGGUAACGAACUCGAUUUCGAUGCUGACAGUUCAUACCUGGACGAAGCCAUAAACGCUCCAGGCGUUCCAACCAAGGACCCUGGAGCUCCAUCGGCGUCGAAAACGGAAAAUGGAGUUUUGGUGGACGAAUUUGGGCUUCCCAAGCUUCCUGCUUAA